UCAUGUACACGUCUCCGUUAUAUCCUUUUGUUCCUUUUUGAAUGUUCUUUUACUUGUAUAAACAUGAACCUACCAAAUUUCGUACGAUUUAGGAUAUCUAAUCACUGUCUAAUCAAAAGCACAGGAAACAAUGAGGAAAGGUAGAUAUACUUUAUACCUGAAAUUCAAAGAAAGUGAUAUACUGAAUACCCAUAUUUAAGCUGCAAUAUACCGUAUACCCGAUUAAAAAAACGCCCCUGAAUAUCGAAUACACAAAAACCCUGGCCGACCCUGAAUCAAGGCCAGAAUUUUUCCAAGUAAAUGAUGUCACGAAUUCAAUCGGUCCGCUUCCCUAGUUACACGCACUUUGUUGUGACCACCUUUGCAAGUACGUAAAUUCUGUGUUUAGGAGGAAAAUAUUAUAUAAACCAUGGCUGAAAAUCAUCUUCCUCAAGGAGAUGACGUUGCUCAGCAGGAAAAUAAUGGCUUUGGACCACUUUUCAAACGUCGUGGGAAAACUGCUACAUUCACUUCAGUUAUCGCGGUUUUGAUUAUUAGCGCCAUGCUAUUCUUCACGGUCAAAGGGAAAGAGAAAAAGCUCCCUUCCCUGGAGUUUACAAUAGCCCUGCAAACCUUGAGUGUCGUUCUCGGAGAAAUGAUACGAAGAUUGAUCCUGGUGUCUGAGGAGUUCAAACACAUAAGUACGCGAUAUCAAGGAAACUGGAAGAGAAUUUUUAAGGCAACUUUCACUAUCGAUUUCUGCAUGCGUAGUUUACUCGCUGCUAUCAUUUCCACUUUCAUAGUAUGCUGCCAUCAGUUGAAUGAAGGAUACGAAAUAUUGUCUCGCCCAGAUCUCGUCAUUUUGUUUUUCCUGAACUCUUUCCUGGUUGGUCAGUUGUCGUACCUUGUGGGCCUUCGACAGCUCUCUCCCGUAGAAACAUCGGAUUUGAUUGAAAAGGAAAACAAGAAUGUAGCCGAUGGGCUGGCUUGGGGCUACUACUUUGGUUAUCUUAGGCUGGUGCUACCGAAACUGAAAGAUCAGAUUGGCAAAUCAGAGCUUUCUCGUUAUGAAAUAACGAAGAAAAAGCUUUUCAUUUUACUGCCCAAAACGUGCUACACCUUUGCUGACAUCGUUGACGCAGAUUCAAGGGUAACUUGGGUUGGCAAACUCCCAGAGCUUAAAAUUAAUAGGGGUGGAAUUAAGGAAAGAAUUUACAGGCAUGCCGUAUAUAAGAUAGAAAUGCCCCGUCCUGAUGGAACGGUAGAAGGGUACCACUUUAUCUUGGAGUAUACCACGCCUCUGAUGAACCUUUAUGAUAUGUCUGCGCAUGCAGACGCCCCCUUUAAUGGUGAGGAGCGGGAUCAUCAGGUAGGCUAGUUUCUAGUAUUUUCCCUUUGAUUUUCAUGGUGGAAGAGAAUCCUGAUCUGAUCACCACAAACAAUAUUGUGGCUGAUCCCUGGGUAAUUGGGUCAAUUUCUGCUGUGUAUAUGCCACUGGCCUCUUAGAAAAAAGGAAGAGUGCAACCCCAUUGUUGGAACUGUAUUGAAAUUGCAAACCCAUUGUUAAAUAGUAAAUCCAGUAUUGAAAAUGCAAGCCAUCCAGUAGCACAUCCCCAUUAGCCUUUUAUUAGGAAGUACCCCCCCCCCCUUAGGACUGGUCCUCAUAAAUAUGAUUUGUUUGAGGUCAGAUGCAGUCCAACUAGAACUUCUUUUCAUUGUAACUUAUAGGUGGUGUUAUUCAUCCGAAAAUUGAGGGAAAUUCUGGAGAACUCCGAAGAGUGCAGAGGGACUUAUGAAUUAGUGCCAAUUUCAGGACGUAAUUCAAAUGAGAUCUCAAAUGUCCUGAUUGAGAUGCAUAAUGCUGCCAGAAUGGACAUUGACAAUCCAGAAGCUAAUGGAGUGCACAAACCAGAACAAGAACAGCUCUAAACAAAAUAAUGCUAACGUGGUGUAGCAAGUAACUCAGUCUGUAAUGUUGUACACAUAAGUUCCUGAUAUUUUACAGGACCUGCAAUAUAGUAAAUUAAAUAUUCCUUUAAUAGUGGUGCAUGUAGGAAUGAGGAGCCUUUGAAGGGUCAAAGAUGUUGAUUAAAAAUUUUAUCUAAAUCUUGUGGCUUAUACUUUUAUUUCACCUAUAAUAGAUACCACUUGAUGUUGGUUAAGGACACUAACAUUGUUUUUUAGAGAGGUUAGCAAAGGGAUAGUCCUCAUUUUGGAGAUUUAUGCUGAUUGUGUUCUAAAAACAUUGAAAGGCAUAGCCUUUAAUUUGUGUAAGUGGAGAUAGGCUCUAGCCUAAUUUAUUUUACCCUUUCCAAUAGCCUAUAUUGCAGAUUACAUAAUUUGUAGUGAGCCCUUUAUGGGAUAGUAAAGUAAAUAUGAACAGAGGUUUAUAAAACAGGCUGAAUAGUUUGGUUUUUCUCAAUUGUCAUUUUUCUUUGCUUUGCUCUGUGAAAUACUUAAAUUGAUGAUUGUUGUGCUCUUAUUCUGUAAACAUAUUAACCAUUUACACCUUUAUAUCUGUAUGCAUAUUCUUCCUACUAUUCUCAAUUGCACAAGGAGAAUUUGUGUUUCAAUCACAGCUUUUUAGUUUGGCAUUUAUUUUCUUUAUUUCCAUGGUCUUUAUAAUAAAUAUUUCAGCAAAAUUACUUUAAGGAGAAAUUAGAUACCUGUCUCUCUAAGGAUUAAAAGAGUUAAAAAUAAAACAUGACACAAAGCAGCUUUGUGUUAA